CCGGGCCUGCUCCAAGGGGCGGGGCCGGUAGGCCCGCUGGGCCUGGCCGGGCCGGGCAGGGCCGGGGCGGGGCAGGGAAGCAGCCGCGCGGCGUUGCAAGGCGCCAAGCUCCUCUCCCACCGCUGGGUGGUCAACUAGCGCGGGUCUGGCGGAGCGCGGUGGCGCGCGGAGACCGCGAGGCGACCGGGAGCGGCUGGGUCCCCGGCGGCGUGCCCCUCGGCCGGGCCGGGAGCCGCGCCAGUCGGUGCCCCCGGCCGAGCGCGGUCCGCCUCCCUCUCAGCGAUCAUCCGUCCGGAGUGCGGCCCGCGGGCAUGCCGGAUCCACCAGGGGCGCCGCCACCGGCGCUCGCAGGCCGCGGGUGAAGAAAGUGCGGACUCGCUCGGCCCGGAGCGAAGAGGUGGCCGGGAGUGAAGAGGUGGCCGGGAGUGAAGAGGUGGCCGGGAGCGAAGAGGUGGCCGGGAGCGAGGAAAUGGCGACAGGCGGCCUCAGCGUGACCGUCACCCACAGCAAUGAGAAGCACGAUCUUCACGUUAUCCCGCAACAGGGCUGGAGUGAGCCAAUUGUCCAAGACCUGGCCCAGGUUGUUGAGGAGGCCACAGGGGUCCCACUGCCUUUUCAGAAACUUAUAUUUAAGGGAAAAUCUCUGAAGGAAAUGGAGAAGCCAUUGUCAGCACUUGGAAUACAAAAUGGUUGCCGAGUCAUGUUAAUUGGGAAGAAGAACAGUCCAGAGGAGGAGGUUGAACUAAAGAAGUUGAAAGAUUUGGAGAAGUCUGUGGAGAAGACAGCUGACCAACUGGAAGAGUUGAAUAAAGAGCUUACUGGAAUCCAGCAGGGCUUUCUGGCCAAGGAUUUGCAAGCUGAAGCUCUCUGCAAACUUGAUAGGAGAGUAAAAGCCACAAUUGAGCAAUUUAUGAAGAUCUUGGAAGAGAUUGACACGCUGAUUCUGCCAGAAAAUUUCAAAGACAGUAGACUGAAAAGGAAAGGUUUGGUGAAAAGGGUUCAGGCAUUCCUAGCUGAAUGUGACACCGUGGAACAGAACAUCUGCCAGGAGACAGAGCGGCUACAGUCCACAAACUUAGCUCUCGCCGAGUGAGGUGAGGCAAAGAGCAUGUGCUGCCUUGAAGAACAGUGCCACCACCUCUGUCCUGUCUGGAAUAGAAGUGACCUGAUUUCUUCAGGGCCGCUGGGGACAAUUGGCCGGUUGCCUGUUUUCUUGCCCCUCUACCUGUUCUCAAUGAACAAGUGUUGUCUGCAAUCUUCA